AGUAGCAACCAUGGCGUCCUCGCAGCUCUUGGGUGUCCUGGUGGUGAUGGUGGUUGUGGUGGUGACGGCGUCCAAACCAACUAACAUCUCUGUUCCCUUCAUCCAACCCGAACCACGCGUGAAUUUUAAUGCUGGGUGUAAAUGUGGCCAGAAGGGCGGCUCCAGGAUCGUGGGCGGGAUAACUACAGGCGUGAACGAGUGGCCGUGGCAGGCGGCACUCAUGUUCGGCGAUGGACAGUUCUGUGGAGGCUCCCUCAUCAACGACCGCUACGUGCUAACGGCCGCCCACUGUACUGAGGGCUUGAAGGCGGACGAAAUUUAUGUACAUCUGGCUGAGCAUGACCUGAGCAACAGCGAAGAGACCCACCUGGUCAUCAGGUCUGUGUCGAAGAUCAUCAAUCACCAGAACUACCAACCUGGUGACGAAAUCAACGACAUCGCUCUCCUCAAGUUGUCCUCCCCCGUGACCGUGGGAGACAUUGUGCUGCCAGUGUGUUUGCCGCCACUUUCGCCAACUUACGCCGGCAAGACAGCCACUGUGACUGGCUGGGGAACCACCAGCUCUGGGGGCACCUCCGCCGACACCCUGCGGGAAGUGAAGCUAAAGGUACUGUCCAAUGGAGGCUGUAAGAAAAGCUACGGCGAAAGCAUCAAGAAAACCAUGUUAUGUGCUGGCAGCGCAGGCAAGGACUCCUGUCAGGGAGACUCUGGCGGACCGCUCGUCUUCAAGGAUGGCGGAGGAAACUAUGACCAGAUCGGUGUGGUGAGCUGGGGCUUCGGGUGUGGUGAUAGUGGUUACCCCGGCGUCUACACUCGAGUCAACAAAUAUCUCAAAUGGAUCAAGUCCAACACGGCCGACGGUGUGUACUGUAAAGGCAUGAAGCUGAAGUAGACCUGCAGCUCACUACACUUGUCCUCACCAAGGGUCGUCUCAGAUAACCAGAGGGCGGAGGAAGUAACCUUAACGACACCGAUGUAACAACUGUGUGCAGCUGACAACAGGACAACCCAAUGAUAUGAGGACAACCUACGCCGCACUACACUAUCUGGAUACAGUUGUCCUCAUGAAAUAAAUUUGAAAAUAAACAAAACAAAUGCCA